AUGGACAGUCUACAGCAAAUUCUUGUCCACUUACUGGACGAAGCGGACUCAGGCGCUGACUCAGAUCAUGACGACUGCGAUCACGGCCAUCAUCACCACCACCUCCGUCAUAUCAAGGACCAACUCGACGACUUGGAGCCCCCUACACAUCUACAAUUGCUUCACCAGUUACUCUGUGUCCGCACACCGGACUCACCGCUCCCAGAAGACAUUCUGAUCGAGAUAGACUCGGUCCUACAGCAGCAGGCAUCCCAUCGUGUCCUGACAUUAGCGGGUUCUAUUCAACCGACAAUAACACUCAAACGAGCGAACCAUAAGAGCGUUAGAGUUACGCUCUGGAAAGGUGACAUCACGACUCUCACCGGUAUCACUGCAAUCACCAAUGCCGCAAACAGCCAGGGCCUCGGAUGCUUCCAGCCACCACACCGCUGUAUAGACAAUGUCAUUCACGCUGCUGCCGGCCCCCGGCUACGGGACGAGUGCCACCGGGUCAUGAACGAAAGAGGCCGUGAACUCGGACCGGGCGAAGCGAUAGUCACAGACGCUUAUUGCCUACCAGCAAAUCAUGUGGUGCAUACAGUCGGGCCGCAACUGCAACGCGGCUCAAAACCAACGACAAACGAGACUCUCCAACUCGCCCAAUGCUAUCGCAGCGUUCUUGACACAGUCGAACCGCUGCCCGCGACGCCGGAUGGCAGGAAAAUUGUCGCGUUAUGCGGCAUCUCGACCGGCUUGUUUGCCUAUCCGGCGCGAGAUGCAGCAGCCGUGGCGGUCAGCGCGGUCGCAGAUUGGCUUGAGCACCACGAGGAUACGUCCAUCACCGAUAUCAUCUUCAACACCUUCACGGACGCAGAUCAUGCUGUGUACCAGGAAAUCCUGGCUUCUCCCCCGCAUACUUCAUGGAUGGGGCGGGCAGCGCCGACUUUUACUCCGCCGGCAAGUGCGAAUCAUCCGCCGCUGAUCCAGUGCGACUCGCUGGACCGGGCAAGGCAGUGGCUGGACGCGGCUGACGCAGUCAUUGUGAGUGCCGGUGCCGGUCUCUCUGCUUCCGAUGGGUUGGAUUACACUUCGUCGGCCCUGUUUGCCAAGAACUUUCCCGGUUUCUUGAAGUAUGGGCUGCGAACUCUGUACAGCGUCUUUGGCUUCAACUCCUGGCCAACGGAACAAGUUCGCUGGGGAUACUACUUCACCCACUUGGCGAUGGUCACGUCUUGGCCAAAAUCCGGAAUGUACCGAACGCUCAUUUCAUGGCUUGAGAGGUUUGGGGAAAACGCGCAUGUGAGGACGUCUAACGCCGAUGGUCUCUUUGUCGCAAACGGGUUAUCACCAGAGAGACUUUCUACCCCUCAAGGAUCGUAUUCGGUUUUCCAGUGCCUGGCAAAUUGCCGACCUGAGGCAACAGUGCCAUCGGCACCUUUAGUUGCAGCUGCGCAGGCGUUCUUAGAUCCGGUAUCUCAAAUACUGACAGAACCGAGCAAGGUCCCCCUUUGCAAGUUCUGCAACGGCAAAAUGAACAUCUGCGUGAGGGCAGGGCACUGGUUCAACGAGAAACCCUUUGAGGAUGGGGAGAAGAGAUGGAAGCAGUUCCGCCGGGACGUGGUGCAUCGUGAGGAAAGGACGACAGUGAUCCUAGAGCUUGGCGUAGGGAUGUCGACGCCGGGGGUCUUGAGAUGGCCUAACGAGGAUCUCGUCAUAAGAGGCGGGGGAAGAGUGAAGCUUGUGAGGGUAGGCAAAGGACCUGAGACGGCCGUCCCAUGGGAUUUGGAGGCAGAUGGGUUGGCGACAAGUAUAGACGGCGAGAUCUCAGCGGUGGUGAGCGAACUGCUCGCGGCACGAGCGUAG